UUCUCGCCAACAGUGGGACCGAUUAAGAACACUGGCGCCCAAUGCCCAGCAGUGACCUUGCUCAAUACCACAGCAAUUACAACAGAUGAUUUGCAAUGCAAGACGGAAAGAUUACUGACAGCAUCGGUUGCACCCAACACACGAUUGGUAAACGAAACAGGUUUAGUCUCAUUUCAAAACUUCAGAAUAGAUUACAAACUUGCGCAGUUAUGGCCUCCCGAGUUGGAUCAUGUCACCAACUUUAUAGCCUUUUUAUCCGUUAAGGGUUAUGCAGUAAGUACGGCUAAAGCGUACAUCACAGCCGUAGGAUUUAACUGUAAAAUUAAAGAAUGUCAUGACAUGACUCAAAACUUGCUAGUUACUAAGCUGUUGGGGGAUUUUAAAAGAAAACAGGAUCGACAAGAUACCAGGCUACCAAUCACCCCACACAUUUUGGUACAGCUAGUAGAGAUUCUCCCAGCAGUGUGUAAAAAUCCAUAUGAAAUAAAAUUAUUUAAGGCAGCUUUAACUUUAGCAUUUUGUGGAUUCCUGAGAAUAGGGGAAUUUACCGUUUCCAGUAACACAGGUAUACAGGAAGAAAUACUGACAAAAAGGGAUAUACAAUUUAAUAAUGAUUGCAAGAAAAUGUUGUUGAGACUCCGUUAUUACAAAACUGAUCAGAGUGGUAAAGGCAUUACGUUAGCAUUUGACCAAGCAGACAGGGUACUCUGUCCAUUGCAUUGCUCUGGAGAGUUUUUAGCAAUACGAACAGAGGGUGAGGGCCCUCUCGUUUGUCAUUUCAAUGAAACCCCAUUGACACGAUAUCAGAUUUCAGCCAUUUUAUCAAAGGCUUUGCGAUUGAGUGGUUUGAACACUCAGCUAUACAAAGCACACUCUUCCAGAAUAGAGGCAGCUACUGCGACAGCUUCAGGUGGUUGUCCACCUGAACUCAUAAAAAUAGCAGGACGGUUGAAAUCUAGUAGUUUUAAAACUUAUAUUCGAAUGCCGCUUAUUGAUGUACUCAAUAUCUUAUAAAUAAAUGAUGAGUAUUUCAGAUAACACAUGCAUAUGGUGUCUGGGCUCACCCAUCGUCAAGAGAGCGGCCGAUUUUGCCAGAGGCAUGCCAGGAGGAACCCAUUUAGGACUGGAAUCUCAAGACGUUUCCCUUUGGUGGCAAGGAUACGGUGGGUUGACCUUCGUGGUAAUUCAAAAGAAAAUCAAUACUCCUCGAUAUUUAUUUCUUCACUGUGGAGCAAAUGACAUUGGAGAGGUUCCCUUGCAUGACCUGUUACAUGCAGUAGACCCAUUGUUAGCUUCCAUAAAACAAAAAAUGUCUGGUACAAAAAGUAUAUGGUCACAAAUGCUCCCACGUUUUCAAUGGCGUUACUCGCCUAAUGAGAAAGCCAUGGACAAAUCCAGAAAGCGUUUUAAUAGGGCCAUGGCUAGGGCAGUUUUAAAAAUGGGGGUAUAUUACAUUAAAUACCCUGAAAUAACCAAAAGACCUGUCCAGUUAUUUGCAUGUGACGGGGUACACUUGUCGCCGACUGGCAAUGCUAUCUUUUUAAAUACGAUAAAGGAAGCAUUCUGCAAAUUCAAUAUGGGUGGGGUACGGUUUAUCCAUAAGUUGGAUUGCAAGUAAGUCUGGCAGUAAUGAGAGGCCGGUUCUAGAAUUGGUCCGCUACUCCAUUGUGGUGGCGGUGGUUGAGAUAGGGAAAUUGAUCAAUUCCCCUUUCUCUACCAUAUGGCGAUCACGCGGAGUUCCAAUUUGUGGAAGUGUUGAUAAAAUGUUUUAGAUGGACACCUUUGUGUGGGUCACGGAUAACCCGAAUCCAGGUAUCUUAAUGUAGAAUGGACAUUGUUGUUGAUAAGAAAUAUUGUUGACACAGCCUGUGUCGCGAAUAACCCGGGCCCAGGCGUUCAUGCGUGUAACUAGAUGCAUUUACACGGCCUGUGUCGGGGAUAACCCGGACCCAGGCGUUACAUGCGUGUAACUAGAUGCAUUUACACGGCCUGUGUCGCGGAUAACCCGGACCCAGGCGUUACAUGCGUGUACCUAGAUGCAUUUACACGGCCUGUGUCGCGGAUAACCCGGACCCAGGCGUUACAUGCGUGUAACUAGAUGCAUUUAUACGGCCUGUGUCGCGGAUAACCCGGACCCAGGCGUUACAUGCGUGUAACUAGAUGCAUUUACAGGGACGGGAUCCCCGACGGUGGGCCCACUGGACUAUUUCUCGAUCCAUCAAAAAAAAAAAAGAAAAAAAGUUUGUUUUGUUUAACGACACCACUAGAGCAUAUUGAUUUAUUAAUCAUCGGCUGUU